AUGUCUUUAUCCAUUCAGAAUCGAACAAUAGAGUUCCAACAAUGUGUCUCAACAUAUGAUAAGAUCAACAAAAAGCAACAUAAGCAAGCUACUUCAAACAAUCAUAAUACCUCGCCUCCUAAAAAAUCACAUUUCAGUCAGCAAGCCAGUCUUAUAGCUAAAGACAUAUCCCAUGUUACUGAACUAUUAAGUAAAUUGGCUAUUUUGGCAAAGAGAAAGCCGAUAUUUGAUGACAAGCCCAUCGAAAUAGGAGAACUAACAUAUGUUAUCAAGCAAGAAAUUUUCAAGAUUGAAACCAACAUCCAAAACUUACAGAAAUACUUAAAGGGUGACACAUCAGUUACAAUUGAUUCACAAACUACCCAGUUCUCAAAGAAUGUGUUGACUUUAUUGAAUUCUAAAAUGAAGAAUGUAUCAGGAGAGUUCAAAAAUGUUUUGGAAAUUAGACAAAAGAAUGAAAUCAUCAACAAAAACAGAACUGAAAACUUCUUAUCUUCAGUAUCUGCAUCGAGAAGUAGCAACAACCAAUCACCUUUAGUUGACAACACGAAUCUUUCGUUGAGUAAUUUAAACGAAAAUCCAUUUUUAGCAUCAUCGCCACCUGAACAGUUGCCAUUCGACCCCGAUGCAGAUCCAGACUCCAGUGUACCAUAUUCUAACGGCAAUGGAGGUGAAUACUUAUCCUUACCUUCUCAAACACAACAGAUGUUGUUGAUGGAAGAACAACAAUAUGGCAACCAACAAUAUUUGCAACUGAGAAACCGAGCUGUGGAGAGUAUUGAAAGUACAAUUAAUGAAGUGGGAAAUUUGUUUCAACAGUUGGCUACCAUGGUCACUGAACAGGGAGAACAAAUCCAAAGAAUUGAUGCUAAUGUCGAAGAUAUCAACAUGAAUAUUAGUGGAGCUCAAAGAGAAUUAUUGAAGUACUAUGCUCAUAUCACCAGCAAUAGGUGGUUGUUCUUGAAGAUUUUCGGUGUAUUAAUAGUAUUUUUCUUCAUUUGGGUAUUGGUUAGUUAG